UGUGACCUCUCCGGUUGCCCCUCCUCAAUGCCAGCUAUGAGUUCCUGCAACUUCACACACACCACCUUUGUACUUAUUGGUAUCCCAGGACUAGAGGAAGCUCAUUUCUGGUUCGGCUUCCCCCUGCUUUCAAUGUAUGCCGUGGCCUUAUUUGGGAACUGCAUCGUGGUCUUCAUUGUAAGAACAGAGCGCAGCCUGCACGCACCCAUGUACCUCUUUCUCUGCAUGCUGGCAGCCAUUGACCUGGCCUUGUCCACAUCUACCAUGCCCAAGAUCCUCGCCCUCUUCUGGUUUGACUCCCGGGAGAUUUCUUUUGAGGCCUGUCUUGCCCAGAUGUUCUUCAUUCAUGCACUCUCAGCCAUUGAAUCCACCAUCCUCCUGGCCAUGGCCUUUGACCGAUAUGUGGCCAUCUGCCACCCACUGCGCCAUGCUGCAGUGCUCAACAAUACAGUAACAGCCCAGAUUGGCAUGGUGGCUGUAAUCCGCGGAUCCCUCUUCUUUUUCCCACUGCCCCUGCUCAUUAAGCGGCUGGCCUUCUGCCGAUCCAAUGUGCUCUCACACUCCUACUGUGUGCACCAGGAUAUGAUGAAGUUGGCCUAUGCAGACACAUUGCCCAAUAUGGUCUAUGGUCUUACUGCCAUUCUCCUGGUCAUGGGUGUGGAUGUCAUGUUCAUAUCCUUGUCCUACUUUAUGAUUAUACGAACAGUUCUGCAACUGCCUUCUAAGUCAGAGAGGGCCAAGGCCUUUGGAACCUGUGUGUCACACAUUGGUGUGGUCCUGGCCUUUUAUGUGCCACUCAUUGGCCUCUCAGUGGUGCACCGCUUUGGAAACAGCCUUGAUCCCAUUGUGCAUGUUCUCAUGGGUGAUAUCUACCUGCUGCUGCCUCCUGUAAUCAAUCCCAUCAUCUACGGUGCCAAGACCAAGCAGAUCAGAACACGGGUGCUAGCUAUGCUCAAGAUCAGUUGUGACAAGGACAUUCAAGUUGUGGAACAUAGGUGA